AUGGAAGGAUUGAUACCAUUUCUGAUGCACGCAGUGAAGAACCACAGCCUUCACAACAGCUACCGCUCCCUCUCCACCGGUUCCACCUGCCGCCGCCACCUCCUGGACGGGGCUGUGGUGGAGGGCUCCUCCCACCGCCGGACUAGGUCAGAGUUUCAGCCACCCACGGCUGAGUACUUGCAGCAGAUAUCAUCAGGUUCUGAUUAUGUGUCCCAAUCAAUGAAUUUCAAGAAAGAUAUUUCCACGUCCUAUUCAACUCCAAACACAUUUCAUGCUUCCAAGGUCAAGAACAAUUAA